AUGGCGCCAAAAAAGCAGAAAAGAGCAGCAAAAGGAAAACAGCAGGUUGCUGAGACAUCAGAAGAAGAAGAUAAAGUACCACCUCCUGCCAUUGAGGAGAGCAGCAGUGACAGCGAGGAAUCAGUAGUUGCAGCAAAGCCGAGGAGGGCAUUCGCUGCUCUCUCUAGUAGUAGUGGCAGCAGCAGCAGCAGCAGCAGCAGCGGCAGUGAUAGCGACAGCGACAGUGACAGCAGCAGCAGCAGCAGCAGCAGCGGCAGCAGCAGCGAGGUUAGUGAUUCUUCCGAAGCGGAGGAAGAAGUAUCAACAAAGGGGUCGCCUUCCCCAGGAGGUAAAGGUGCAGCAAAAGGAGCAGCAACAGCAGCACCUGCUGCUGCUGCAGUCUCCCCUGCUGCAGCUGCUGCAGCAGCAAAGAAGGGGAAACGAUCUCCGCAGGAGGAUGAGGAUCUUGAUAAAUUAUUGGCGGAGAUAGAGGCACCUUCUCCCCCUAAAGGAAAGGCAGCAGCAGCAGCAGCAAAAGCAGCAGCAAAGGCAGCACCAAAAGCAGCAGCAGAAAAGGCAGCACAGACGUCACCAGCAGCAGCAAAGGGGAAGAAGGGGAAAGGAGCAGCAGCAGCAGCAGAUGAUGAUGACAUUGACGCGCUGCUGCAGGAAAUAGAGGGCGGCACACCUACAUCAGCAGCAGCAGCUCCUUCCCCAGCAGCAGCAGCAGCAACUCCUUCCCCUGCAGCAGCAGCAGCAGAGAGCCCUGCUGCUGCAGCAGGUGCAGAAGAUGAUACAGCAGCAGCACCAGCAGCAGGACAGGGGAAGUUAAGUCGUGCAGCACAAAGACGACAGAAAAAGAAGCAGCAGCAGCAGCAGCAGCAGCAGCAGAAGGCUUCCUCCUCUUCUAGUGACGAGGCCCCCAAACCAGCUGCAGCAGCAAAGAAGGGCCCCGUGUCUGCUGCAGUUCGUGCUGCACAGCAGCGCCUUUUGCUGCUGCAACAGCAGCAGAAGCUGCAGGAGGAAGAGGAGGAAAGGUUGCGUAAGGAGGAAGAAGAACUCAAAAGAAAGGCUGAGGAGGAGGAAAGGAAGAAAAGAGAAGAAAAAGAAUUAAAAGCGAAGAAAAAAGCAGAAAAAAAACAAAAAUUAAAAGAGGAAGGAAAGUUGCUGUCAGCAAGAGAGCAGCGGAAGCAGAAGAAGCAGCAGCAGUACCUGCAGCAGCUGCAGCAGCAAGGUCUUGUACCUGCUGCUCUUUCCCCAGGUGCAGCAGCAGAAGGAGGUGCAGGAGUAUCACCACAAGGAGAAUCACCAGGCAGCAGAGCAGCAGCAGAAAAAGAAAGAAAAAAAAGGGAUAGAGAAAGACGACUGCAGCAGCAGCAGCAGCGGGAAGCAGCAGAAGCAGAAGCAGAAAGACAGCGUCUUCUUAAAUUGCGAGAAGAGCUCGAAGGCCUCAAAGAAGAUAAAGCAUCGACACCUGACAAACCUGCAGAGGCUCCUGUCGAUGAUUGGGAGGCGCUGUUAGGUGAGGUAGACGCCUCGGAGACGAGCCCAGCAGCAGCAGCAGCAGCAGCAGCUGCAGCACCAGCAGCCGCAGGAGGAGAGAAGAAGCGGUCUCAUCAGGUGGGGGAUGUUCGUAAGAGAGCAGCAAUGGAGCAGGCGCUGCAGCAUGCUGCAGCAGAAGCUGCAGCAGCAGCAGAAGCAGAAGCUGCAGCAGAAGCAGAAGCUGCAGCAGCAGCAGAAGCAGCAAAAGCAGAAACAACAGCAACAUCACCUGCAGCAGACAAGGCAGGGAAAAAAGUCACUGUUAAAUCACCGGAUGCAGAAGCAGCAACGAGCAGCAGCAGCAGCAACAGCAGCAGCAGCAGCAGCAGCAGCAGCAGCAGCAAACCGAAGCGCAAGCCCACUUUGCGUUCUCCGAUUUGCUGUAUUAUGGGCCAUGUAGAUACAGGUAAGACGAAAUUAUUAGAUAAGAUUCGUCGUACAAAUGUUCAAUUAGGAGAGGCGGGGGGAAUUACUCAGCAGAUUGGUGCAACUUUCUUCCCUAAGGAAGCUCUAUUAGAACAAUGUAUCAAGUUAGCAGAGGAAGGAUUUAAUUGUUCAUUAUAUUGGAAGAAUGAGGAUAUACGUCGUUAUGUAUCUGUUAUACCUACAUCUGCACAUACAGGAGAAGGAAUUGCUGAUUUAAUUCAUCUAAUUUGUUCUCUUAAUCAAAAUUUAAUGCAAAAAUCCAUCACAAAAAUUCCUUCUAUAUUUGAUACAAAACCUGAAAAUAAUAACAGCAGCAGCAGCAGCAGUAGCAGCAGCAGCAGCAGCAGCAAAAACAACAAGGGGAGAGUGCUGCAGUGUACUAUUCUUGAGGUCAAGGCUAUUGAGGGUUUAGGUACAACAAUAGAUGUAAUAUUAGUACAAGGUGUAUUAUACGAAGGAGAUAAGAUAGUAAUCUGCGGAUUACAUGGACCAAUAAUAACAACAAUAAGAACAUUAUUAACACCACAACCAUUAAAAGAAUUACGUGUUAAGGGAGAAUAUAUUAGUCAUUCUUUUGUUGAGGCAUCUAUGGGUGUUAAGAUUGUUGCUGCUGGUCUAGAUGAGGCAGUAGCUGGUACAUCAUUAUUUGUUGUAGAAGAAGGAGAUAGUAUAUCGGAUAUAGAGGGAGAAGUAAUGAAGGAUAUGGGGGCUGUACUAAAAAGUGUAGAUAGUACAGGUAGUGGUGUAUUUGUUGCUGCAUCUACUCUUGGAUCUCUUGAGGCAUUACUUGUUUAUCUUGAAGAAUGUAAAAUACCCGUUUUUGCUGUCAGUAUUGGCACAGUACAGAAAAAGGACAUAAAGAGGGCAUCAGUAAUGAGGGAAAAAGGAAAAGGAGAAUAUUCAGUUGUAUUGGCAUUUAAUGUUAAGAUUGAUGCAGAGGCAGAAAAAGAAGCAAAAGUUCUUGGCGUUCGUAUCUUUUCUGCAGAAAUUAUUUAUCAUCUUUUUGAUGCUUUUACUGAAUACUUUAAUGCUUAUAAACAAAAUAAAAAGAAGGAAGUAGAGCAGACAGCAAUAUUUCCUUGUAUUUUAUCCGUAUUACCUCAAUAUGUAUUUAAUAAAAAAGAUCCAAUUGUUUUUGGUGUAGUUGUAGAAGAAGGAAUACUUAAAGUUGGUACUCCUCUUUGUGUACCUGAUAAAGGGGACCUCCGUAUAGGUACAGUAGCAUCCGUUGAAUUAAAUAGGAAACCUGUAGAUAUUGCACGUGUUGGUCAAGAAGUUUGUAUAAAAAUAGUCGGAGAACCAAAUGUUAUGUUUGGUCGACAAUUUGAUGCAAAAAAUAAAGUCGUCAGCCGAUUAACAAGAAGUUCAAUUGAUUGUCUUAAGGCACAUUUCAGAGAAGAACUCACUAAGGAUGACUGGAAGACGGUGGUGCAUAUAAAGAAGUUGCUCGAUAUUCCAUAG